AUGCUCGACGAUGUCAUCAUCCAAGAAGGCGAGUUCACCACAGACUACUUCACCAAGCUGGAUGCGCAAGGGAUAGCCGAACCCGACGAGCGCGACGGCCAAGACGAAGCAAGUGCCGCCAUGGACCGAGUCCUCGGCACCCGCGUCGGCGGAACCCGUGUCUUCGAAGCAGCCGAGGACAAGGAGGAUCUGGAUGCAGCGAAGAACGCGCAGAAAGAACAGGAGCACGCCGACGAUGGCGACUUCGAGGAGCAGAGCGCUUCGCACGGAACACCUGCCCAGGUCGGAACGCCGUUGGCCGUGGAAGACGGGGCUGGCGCGGUCCCACUGCAGGUGUCUGGUGACCAGCCCGAUGGAGAAUUGCAGCCGGGUCACAUCGACGACUAUCUCUUGCGCUUCAUGGAGUGGAACAUGAGGGAUGAACCCCUGGUCCUGCCGGCGGAUAAGAGCAAGAAGAAGUCCAAGAAGGGCAAGGAGCAUCAUCUCAAGAGGCGUCGUUAG